UUGGAAACUCAUCAUACUCCAAAUAUUAUUUUUUCCCUCAAUCUUUCUUGUUUUAGUCUUUCUCUUCUCUUCUCCACAAACAAUGGCAGAAAAUUCUCCAAUUGGAGAAAUCCAUUCAAAUCUGCCCAAUUUUCUUCUUUCUGUUAGACUUAAAUAUGUAAAACUUGGUUACCAUUACUUAAUAUCAAAUGCAAUUUAUCUUUUCAUUGUUCCAAUUCUUGUUGCUAUUGGACUUCAUCUUUCAACUCUUACACUUGAAGAUCUCAUUACAAAUCUAGCCAUGUUGAAAUCUUAUUCAACACUUGUUGUUUUUUUAGCCACAUUAUAUUUCAUGAGUCGUCCAAGAAAUGUAUACUUAGUCGAUUUCGCGUGCUAUAAACCACAUGAACGUUAUAUGAUAUCUAAAGAACGUUUAGUGGAGAAAUUGGCUGGGAUUUUUGAUGAAGAUAGCUUGAAUUUUCAAAAGAAAAUAUUGGAAAGGUCAGGUUUAAGUGAUAAGACUUAUAUACCAGUAGAUAAAUGGAUUCCAUCAAAUUUUUCACUUAGUAGUAACCAACAUCAAGCUAAAUUGGUUAUUGUUGGUGCUAUAGACGAUGUGUUGGCAAAAACAGGAGUGAAAAUUCGAGAGAUUGGGAUUGUUAUUGUUAAUUCUAGUAUGUUUAAUCCAACACCUUCUCUUUCUGCAAUGAUUGUCAACCAUUAUAAGCUUGGAGUUAAUGUGAUUACUUAUAAUCUUGGUGGCAUGGGUUGCAGUGCUGGACUUAUUUCUGUGGACCUAGCUAAUCGCCUUUUACAGGGGCAAGCAAACACCUAUGCACUUAUUGUAAGUACAGAAGUAGUCUCAGCGGCCUUCUAUACAGGGAAAGACAAAUCAAAGCUAAUACCAAAUAUGAUUUUCCGGAUGGGUGCAUCUGCUAUUCUCCUAUCGAACCGUUUCUCCGAUCGUUGGCGCUCAAAAUAUCAACUGAUGCAUGUUGUCCGCACCCAUAAAGGUGCAGAUGACAGAGCAUUCGGUUGCGUCUACCAAGAUGAGGAAGAGGAUGGAAAAAAAGGCAUGUCAUUGUCUAAAGACUUAAUGGCAGUAGCUGGUGAGGCCUUAAAAACAAAUAUUACAACUCUUGGCCCUCUAGUCCUCCCAAUGUCCGAGCAGCUCCUCUUUUUCGCCUCUUUAGUCGCGAGAAAUGUCCUUAAAAGGAAAAUAAAACCAUAUAUCCCCGAUUUCAAGAUGGCAUUCGAGCAUUUCUGCAUUCAUGCAGGGGGAAGGGCCGUGUUGGACGAGCUUCAGAAGAAUCUUGAUCUCUCAGAAGAACUUAUGGAACCUUCAAGAAUGACUCUUUAUAGGUUCGGAAACACUUCAAGUAGCUCAGUGUGGUAUAAUUUGGCCUACUCUGAGGCCAAAGGGAGGAUAAAGAAGGGUGACAGAGCAUGGCAAAUAGGGUUCGGCUCAGGAUUCAAAUGUAACAGUGCUGUUUGGCGCGCGCUAAGGACCAUUGAUGCAGCCAUUGAAAAGAACGCGUGGACGGAUGAGAUUGAGGAUUUCCCUGUUCAAAUCCCAUAUUGAUGAUCAGUACUGAAACCAUAAAACACAUUCAAAAUCACUCUAGUAUAUUUGUAUAUGGGAUUGUGCACCUAAUUUUGAACAAGCGAGGUAUCUGGAAUUACAAAAUUUAAGUAAGAUGGGGAGCACCAGUAGGUUGUUCGAAUUUCUAUUAAUUUCAUUACAAAAUUUAGGUCAGAUAGGUGACUUGAAUUUCAGUAUUUCUUUUUCAA